UUUAAGUCUCCCAUUUGUUCGAUACAAGUUACAACACCAAGUGCACCGACAGGGGUCACGUGCCAAAGGGCACAACACGGUCCAACUUGCAAGCGAAGUUCGAAGUUCGAACAUACCUGACUAACGACUGUAAAGCUAGAGGGACAACCGUUAUCCUUACCAGCUCGGACCGUAGGUGUAUUGCCCAUCAGUGAGCCUUCCAAUUGCAACGACCAGGAUCCAACAUGCCAAGUAACGACCACAAAUUGCCAAGUGCCCGCUCACGAGGACCCUCUCUUGCUGUGCGAUUCUAUUUAAUUGUGUUCAAUGCAUUAUCUGCAGCAGGAUGGGCCUAUGUCAUUUACCUCGCUCUUGCCGUAUUCAGAGGUCAAGGUGUCUCAAGUUCAGCAUACGACUUCUUCAAACCACUUGCUUCAUACGUGCCGACUUCAAUCGUAGCAUUUUUAACACCCCAGCCUAAAACAACGAACCUUUUCUCCACCACUCUCGCAUAUUUCUUACGUCCAUAUGUUCCUGCAACAUACAAAUCCACGUUCUCCGCCCUUGCACCUGUGCAGUCGCUCGCCGCCCUUGAAGUCUUGCAUGUUCUCCUUGGGUUUGUGCGCUCCCCGCUCCCGACAACUGUCGUCCAGGUCUCCUCGCGCCUCGUCCUGGUCUGGGGAAUCGUCGAGCGCUUUCCCCACACCCACUCGAGCCCGGUCUAUACCACUAUGAUUCUUGCCUGGGCUCUGACCGAAGUGCCACGCUACGCAUACUACGCGCUCUCGCUUGCAGGUUGCGGCGUGCCUUCGUGGCUCACAUGGAUACGCUAUUCCACAUUUUAUGUGCUGUACCCCAUCGGCGCAGGAAGUGAGGCCCUGGUCAUGUUGAGCACCAUUUCGGAGUGGAGUGGUGGCAAGUGGGUGGUGUGGAGCGCUGAGGACUGUGUCAAGGCAGGUUUAGUGGCAAUUUGGGCGCCUGGGCUGUGGGUCAUGUAUUCGCAUAUGAUGCGCAUGCGCCGCAAGGUGCUUGGCGUCGGUAAGGGUCAGAGGUUGGGAGCGAAGCCCAAAGACGGGCUUAAGGCGGAGUGAGAGUUGCCAUGAACACAAAAUGUUGCUGACUAUUCGCAAUACCCUAGAGCCAUUUACCUUACGAUAUUAUCACGCCUAAAAUCGACCUCCACCAUUUGUGUAGUGCAACUCAGUAUGUGCAAUUCAGCUGGGAUAUCUUCGAUCUAGG